UAGGAAAUAAUUCACUCCUAGUGUCCACCAACUAAAAGGAAAAGAUAAAUCUUCCCUUUUAGAAAAGAUAAAUACCCCAGUAUGAUGACUACUGUUUAUUGACAGGCUGUGUUUCAUUUCAGAUGACAUGGAAGGUCAGGAUGAGGUAGGAGAAUGUUAAGUAUCCAUGAGAUUCAUGCUGUAAUUUUACCCUCAGCAGAUCCACUCAGUGACAAAUCCAUAAAGCCCCUAUUAUGAAUUUCAAUUGAAGUCUUAAGAAUUGGGGUUAUUUCACAGCCUUAACAGUUCUAGGGACUCUAAAAGCUGUGACAUUUAGAGAAAGAAAUGCCAAGGCACGCAUCAAAGAGUCCGGCACUCAGUGCUGUCUGUUGUUGGCAAUGAGCAAGUGCAUCAUUGCAUUUUCCUUUACCUUCCAUCAUGUGCAUUUCUUGAAACUGGUUAACACUGCUUUAUCCUCGGGUCUACCUGGUUUCUAUUGUUCAUAACUCCCUGCAUUAUGAGGCCUACAUGGGGUUGUUUAAAUACUUGAGCAGAGGGACAAUUAAACCCGAUGCUGAAACUCUAGUCUAGUGGGAGGGAUAGGGUUACUCCCUCACUCUGCUACACCGAGCUUGGCAAAGAUCGUCCCUGCAAAGGCUUCCGGAUGUGGGUGUAGUAAACAUGGGCUGUGGAGGCAGGCGCUGAGGGAGGACGAAAAGAUGGUCUCCAAGUCCUGAAAUGUCGUGUUUAGAAGAGGUGCCGUGGAGCAGGGCAUUGCUGAGUGUCCGGGAGAUGCCAACCACCCCCGCUAUUUCCCGGAGGCCCUGAGGAUGACCUGUGCCCACUAGCAUGCCUGGGUGGUUCAAAAAGGCGUGGUUUGGGCUGGCCUCUCUCCUCAGUCUCUCCUCCUUCCUCCUCCUCAUCAUUGCCCUGGCUGUGCCCCACUGGCUGAGUGGGAAAAUCCUCUGUCAGACUGGAGUGGACCUGGUCAAUGCCACGGACCCAGAGCUAGUCAAGUUCAUCGGGGACAUUUACUACGGGCUCUUCCGAGGGUGCAAGGUGCGGCAGUGCGGGCUCGGGAGCCGCCGGUCCCAAUUCACAAUCUUCCCACACCUGGUGAAGGAGCUCAACACCGGCCUUCAUGUGACAAUUCUGCUUCUCCUACUCCUGGCCUUGGCCCUGGCUCUGGUCAGCAUGGGCUUUGCCAUUCUCAACAUGGUCCAGGUUCCUUAUCGGGCAGUCAAUGGCCCUGGGGGCAUCUGUUUAUGGAACAUCCUGGCAGGUGGAGUCGUGGCAUUAGCCAUCGCCAGCUUCAUGGCCGCAGUGAAAUUUCAUGACCUGACAGAACGAAUUGCCAACUUCCAGGAGAGAUUCUUCCAGUUUGUUGUGGUAGAAGAGCACUACGAAGAGUCAUUUUGGAUCUGCGUGGCAAGCGCUUCGGCCCACGCUGCAAACUUGGUUGUGGUGGCCAUCAGUCAGAUUCCCCUCCCAGAGAUCAAGACCAAAAUAGAGGAGGCCACAGUUACGGCCGAGGACAUCUUGUAUUAAUCACCUCCCACACCCGUUCCUGAAUCAGUUCUAUACGGUGAAUGGGGUCCUCACUUCUUUGCAGCCUUCCUACUUUAUGUUCUUGCGGUAAGGAGAACAAUGUGGGAGGACCCAAGGGGUGGCUGGGCCAGAGAGGAAAAACCUCCCCCCAAUCCCCAGCACACCUGCACUUCGCUCUCAUGACGUUGGAGUUGGAGAUUCGCUUGCCUGCUGUGUGUGACAGUGGACAGUUCACUUCAUGACUACUUCUCGGUUUCCUCCGUAAAAUGGGGAUAGCUACAACUUUGCAAGUUUGUUGUGUGGUUUAAAUGGGUGAUGACGUUCAGAGCAAAACACUCUACAAAUACAAGGGACUAUAUACAAGGUGUGAUUGAAAUGUAUGGUGAAUGGUUAAAUUCUUUACAAAUUACUUUAGUGAAAGACACAUUGUCAUUAGUUCCCCUACAAAAUACUCCCCUUGUUUCCAACACACUUACCCAUCAUUCUUGGAACUUUCUGAGGCAGUUCUGGAAGUCCUCUUUCAUGAGUGUCUUUAUGAGAUGUGAUAAAAGAAAAUAUGGGGAAUAUUGCUGCUGAGUGCCACCCAAUAAAAGGGAGAGACACAACAUUACAGUGUGUCCUCAUCUAUCUUAUGCUUCAGAUUUGGCACCACAGGACUCCGCCUCUAUCCCAAAGUCAACAUAACCAUGAAAGAUUGAUUCAGGACACUGAGGCAGCCACGUUUGUGCAACUAAAGACACUCUUGAAAGAAGACUUCCAGAACUGCUUCAGAAAGUGACAAGAAUGAUGGGAUAAGAGUAUUAGAAGUGAAAGAGUAUUUUGAGAGAGAUUAAUCACAAUGUCUUUUACUGUAAUUUUUUAAAAAAUUAAUGUUCACUGUAUUUUUCAAUCAUAUCUUGUAUACUCCGUAAAUACAUAUCAAUGGACUUUUGGCCUAUUCUAUACAGUAGGGAGAUGAAAAGAGGAAUGUGAUGAUAUCUUCAUAUUUCCAUAUGACACAAGAAUCAGGUAGCAACAAUAACACUAAAAAUGAAAAUAACUACCUUUUUAAGUAGCUAUGUACUGGACACUGUUCUAAGAGUUUUACACAUGUUACCUUCUUAGCUCUUCACUGCAGACUCAGGUGGCUGGUACUAUUUUACCUUCACUUGACAGCUGACAACACUAAGGUACAGCAAAGCUGGGAAGCUUGCUGAGAAAAGGAACUAAAUCUAGGAAGUCUAGAAGCAGAAGCUAUACUUAAAACCAUGCUGCUAAUCUAUUCUUCAGUGUGCAAGUAAUUGCAAUGCCAUGUGAUAAAGGCUAAAAUAGUAUAGGCAUAAAAGAAGGAAUGAAAUCUUCCGGAUGGGAUCCAUGGUAUUAAAGUAUCAUGGAGCUAACAUUUGAUCUGAACUGUGAAAGAUGAGUAGACUUUUUCCAGUGGCAAGGAGAGGGCAUUCCAGGCAGAGACAGUAAGGGGGGUAGGCACAAGGCACGAAAUACUAAGGAUGCAUACUGGCACGUGAAUGCUUAGUGGGAUGAAAAUGUUGCUCUGACUGUUGGAGAAACCCAGAUGUUUCAUGUUGAGUUUACUAAUAAGUGCUGUGAUGGCUAAUUUUAUAUAUCAGCUGGGUAAGGCCAGAGCACCCAGACAUUUGGUUAGACAUUAAUCUGGAUGUUCUUCUGAAGAUGUUUUUUGAUGAGAUUAACAUUUUAGUCUUACCUUCCAUAAUCUGAGUGGGCCACAUCCAAUCAGUUGAAAUCCUUAAUGGAAAAAAGAUUGCCCUCCCUGGAAGGAGAGUGAAUUCUGCUGGCACACUGUCUUUGGACUUGAACUGUAACCCUUUCCUAGGUCUCCAGCCUGCUGGCCCACCCUGCAAAUUUUAGACUUGCCAGACUCCACAAUUAUGUGAGCCAGUCCCUAAAAAUUAGCCUCUCUCUCUGUUUCCCUCUCUCUCUCAUCCUCCUUCCAUCCCUUUCCCUCUAUUUCUUUCUCUCCUUGGUGUCUUCAGUGAAUUGUUCCUAGGACCUUCCCCAAUACCAAAGCCAUGGAUGAUCAAAUCUCCUAUAUAAAAUAGCAUA